AUGGCUGGACAUGGACAAACAGACUUUACCCCCCUCCUCGAUCGCGACCCACGCGUGAGCAAAUAUCUCGUUGAGAACUUUGACUAUGCAGUCAAUGCGGCGUAUUAUGACGAACGCCACGCAGAAUCGUUUGAUGCGCCCCAAGGGAUCACUGAUUUCCAGGUACUUGUCGACCUGUAUGUCAGAAAAAGCCAACUCGCUUCAAAUUCGACCAUGGAGGACACAUACAAGAGAAUGUUCAAAGAACACGCUGAAUACUUGUAUUUGACGCCCGAAACCAUGCAAACCCUUUCCAUAACUCUUCUCCGUCUCGCAAGCUACCUGCCCUGUACGCACCCUGGGCACAUAUUUUUGAAGGAAAUCUUGGUGGACUUUUUCGUACACACUGCAGCCACCCAACCUGGCCAAGCGCCGACAAUAUUUCGAGCGGAACUGCUGGAUCUAUGGUCGAGAUUUCGUCCCGUGCCUGGAAACAAUGGAGAUGGCCGCAUGAAAGCACUAUUGCAACCCGACGAAUGGGUAAAUUUCAACUCCUUCGUCGCAAUUCUAUGCAAUGACAUGGAGAUAGACUAUGACAACUUUGCUUUCCAAGGGUUGGGUCUCCUCCUUCUAGACCCCAUGUCUACCCGUCUCAAUCAGGCUCUGAGUGCGGAUUUCGGUGCUCUUACAGCUUGUAUCUGGAUCCACUGCGCUGAUAGUCGACUUCUCCACAGUAUAAAUCAAUCUGAUGGCCUCGUUUUCAAGGACCAUUCCGGUCAGGAAUGGAGCCUGGACAAACAUACGUGGCUGAGGAUGACACAGAAUUUCGGGACUAUUCUUCGGAACAUCAAAAAUACCAUUAUUUACCAGCGUAGUAACGCAAUGUGGUAUCAGUUUGCGGAAAAGGGGCAGAAUGUCAAUUCAGGGUCCGAUCAGAAUAUGGCAUUGUGA